AUCAUCAAGUCUGAAUAAUUUUUUCCCCAUUAUUUUACGAUUUAAAAGAAUCAUUUGGAGGAAAAAAAAUAUCUAAUUCCCAAAACUGAGAGGGAGAAAGCCCAAUAGUGGCUUCCCUUCUGCCACAUGUCGAUGAAUUCCUAAGCAACAGCGUCUCCAGGCAUUAGUGAGAGAGGCAGAGAAAUGGAACUCCCAUGUGUGAGUCCAUCCUCAAAAUUCUCCAUUCUAAAUCCAACGCCACCACCCGCAACCCAUUUCAUCUCCUCAACCGUCCCUGCUUCCCAAGCUGCACCACUCUUUCCAGUAAAACCCCACUAUAAUGCUGCCCACAAAAACUCCAACAGCAUUCCCACCAUGUCUGAGAUCAUGGACUCAUCCAGAGCCCAGAACCUCAACCUUCAGCUGCAAACGCUUGGACCCUUUUUCAGAAUCACUGCCAAGAGCUUGGAAACUCAGGGAGAGCUUGGGAGAGCUGAGGGGCUGAUAAGGGUGUGGUUGGGAGGCAGAAUUCUUCACUUGGAUUCAAUUAGAUUAAGAAGAGAGACUCUGGGCAUGGAGAAGUCAAUCUUUGGUAUUGGGUUGUUUAUUGGAGCUGUUGCAAUCCGGUAUGGCUAUGACUCUGGUUGCAGAACAGCUGAGUUGCUCGCCAUCAAUGACUCUGACCUUUACCAUUCCAAGCUUGUUAGGUUCUACACGAGAAUUGGGUUCAAGGCUGUGCACGAAGUGACUGGUUCAUCAAUGGGAGACCUUGCCCACAUGUUGGUCUGGGGAGGCAUUGGAACACGGAUGGAUGCCAAGAUCGAGGAGCUUCUAGUGAGAUGGUGCAAAAGGUUUAAAUCUCAGAAUUGAUUUCACCAUGAUACAUUUUGAAUUUAACUUCCACUUCAAUUUCUUCUGAACACAUAAUGUAUUAUUCACUUGAAUUUUGUUUGAAAGAUAUAUGCAUAGCAUCUCCUCUUCAAGAGCAUAGGUAUGCUUCCAAUUGCCUUUUGUAUAGUGAGGGUAUUUUUUACUCUUAAUAAGAUCUAUUCCAAAUCCACCAUGUGGUUGUUAAUCAGAAAA